GCAUUGUGGGAAACGGGAGGUGUCAUGGCGGCGGCGGUAGCGCUUUGCCGGCCCUUCUCGAAGCUCCUGAGAUUGCCUGCAGCGACCUGGGGCGGCCCGUCGGCGUCCUCUCCUCCCAGAUUCAUCCUUAACAACCUGCACAACAAUGCCACAAAAGUAGAAACAGUCUCUCCCUGUAUGUUGCUUCAUACCUCCUUGCCUCGGAAUGGGCUGGAGGAAUUUUUUGAUGAUCCCAAAAACUGGGGAAAGACAGAAGUCAAAUCUGGGGAUUCUUGGACAGUAGAACAGCUCCGAGGCAAGAGCAGUGAGGAUUUGCACAAACUUUGGUACGUCCUGCUUAAAGAGCGAAACAUGCUUUUAACGUUGGAGCAAGAAGCAAAACGGCAGAGGCUGCCAAUGCCAAGCCCAGAGCGAUUAGAAAAGGUGAAAGAUUCCAUGGAUAGAAUGGAUCUUGUCAUCCAGGAAAGGGAAGACGCUUUGCGGCUCUUACAGACUGGCCAGGAGAAAGAGAGACCAGGCGAAUGGAGACAUGACUUCUUGGGCCGUGUAUUUUGGUACACUUUUAGGGAAUGGCCAAUCCCUUGGUACCUAAAUGCAAAGCAUAACAGGAAGCGGUUCUACUAUUUGCCAAACGUCAAUCGUUUUCUCAGACUCAGACUUGAACAAUAUUUGCGCAAGGAAUCAAGGAAGAAGAAUUUGCAGAAAAAGAAUGAGAAGCGUUUAAAAGAACGCUUCCCUCAUCUUGGCGCUCAGUCUCAGAGUUAACGUGAAGUUGGCAGUGUUUGAUGGAAUUGUGGCACAAAUAUUCCUCCUUCUGAACUGGUUGUAAAUGGACAAAGAGUAAGGCAAAACAUACCAUGUGGUGUAAAAGAAGCUCAUUUCCGCCCCUACCAAAAUAAAGUUGUUUCAUCCUUCUUGUAAAAU